AUGUCUCCAACUCACAAAAGGUCAUGUCCUAGUCCUCUGAAUGACAGCUUCGACAAAAGAAUUAAGCGGAUAUCUAUUGAGGGAAAUAUUGCGGCGGGUAAAUCCACCUUUGUACGCAUUUUGGAGGCACAGGACAAAGAAUGGGAUGUGGUACCCGAGCCCAUCGCCAGAUGGUGCAACGUUCAAACUCAACACACUGAGUUCGAGGAGUUGACUACGUCCCAGAAGAGUGGGGGCAACUUGCUUCAGAUGAUGUAUGAGAAACCUGAGCGUUGGGCCUACACCUUCCAGAGCUACGCCUGCAUGAGCCGUAUCCGGGCCCAGAUCAACUCUGCCCGUGGGAAACUCCGCUAUGCAGAAAACCCUGUGCAGUUCUUUGAACGCUCUGUUUACAGUGACAGGUAUAUCUUCAGUGCAAAUCUGUAUGAGAGUGAGUGUGUGAAUGAGACAGAAUGGGCCAUAUAUCAGGACUGGCACGGAUGGCUGCACCAGCAGUUUGGACAACACAUUGCACUUGAUGGAAUCAUCUACUUACGAGCCAUGCCAGAGAAAUGUAUGGAACGACUGCAUUUAAGAGGAAGAGAAGAAGAGCAAGGGAUUCCUCUGGAGUAUUUAGAGAAACUGCAUUUUAAACACGAGAGCUGGUUACAACACCGCACGCUAUGUAUGGAUUUUGAAUAUCUAAGUGAUGUGCCCAUUCUAACUCUGGACGUGAACGAUGACUUCAAAGGAGACAAAGCCAAAUGUGAUAGCAUGGUGGAAAAGGUGAAAGAGUUUCUGAGCAGUCUGUAA